AUGUCGACUGGUCAUUCGGACCAUGCCUAUGACCCCGACAAAUCCCCAGACUCUACUCCGCAGUCCGCUCUGAUGAGCGAGACCGUACACCGGGGAUCGUCGCCCGUCGGCGGCGUCACGAAACUAAUUGUGUCAAAUAAUUCCGCCGCCAUGGACAAAUCAGAUAAUGGCGACACCAAGAUUAAAAAGCGUUCUAUGGAUUAUGUGAUAAGGAGUGGAAUUGCUGGAGGGCUGGCAGGGUGUGCGGCCAAGACCGUGGUAGCGCCCCUCGAUCGCGUGAAGAUUCUCUUCCAGGCGUCAAACCCUCAAUUCGCCAAAUACACAGGCAGCUGGACUGGCCUGGCAGCAGCGAUUCGAGAUAUCAAGCGCACCGAAGGCUUCCAGGGCCUGUACAAGGGCCAUUCAGUGACUCUCCUUCGAAUUUUUCCAUAUGCCGCGAUAAAGUUUCUUGCAUACGAGCAGAUCCGUGCAGUUAUCAUUCCUUCCAGCGAACAUGAGACCCCAUUCCGCCGCUUGGUCUCCGGCAGUUUAGCCGGUGUCACCUCUGUAUGUUUCACAUAUCCACUAGAGUUGAUGCGCGUGCGAAUGGCAUUUGAAACCCGACAAUCGCAUCGCUCAGGCUUGGUGGAUAUAUGGCGGCAAAUCUAUCAUGAGCGUGUUCAACCCCCACCAACAACCAAAUCUGCCGCGGCCGCGCAGUCCUCUUCCGUUGCUGUUGCCGAAAGUGCUUCAUCUGCCGUUUCGAAAGUUGUCCCGCGCACCGGAAUUACCAAUUUCUACCGCGGCUUCUCCCCUACUAUCCUCGGAAUGCUCCCUUAUGCCGGAAUGUCUUUCCUUACGCAUGACACAGUGGGUGACUUGUUCCGCCACCCAAGCGUAGCGCCCUACACUCUCAGAAAAACAACAGAGCCAGAAAACCCCGCGGAUCGACCCAAACGACCGCAGCUCAAUACCACAUCUGAGCUUCUGUCUGGUGCUAUGGCCGGUCUAGUUUCGCAGACUUCAUCAUACCCAGUGGAGGUCCUCCGCCGGCGGAUGCAAGUCGGUGGUGCAAUUGGUGAUGGACGCCGACUCGGCAUUGCAGAGACGGCUCGUACGAUCUGGCUUGAGAGAGGCUUCAGAGGAUUCUGGGUCGGACUAACCAUUGGAUACGUUAAAGUUGUGCCCAUGGUUGCAGUGAGCUUCUACGUUUAUGAGCGAGCAAAGGUGUCGUUGGGGAUCAAUUAG